AUGUUCUUAUCAACUCAAUUUGAUUCUUUCUCUCUUUCUCUUUCUCUCUUUCUCUUUCUCUCUCUCUAUCUAUCUCUCUCUCUAUCUAUCUAUCUAUCUCUCUCUCUAUCUAUCUCAUCUAUCCAUCUCUCUCUCUAUCUAUCUAUCUCUCUCUCUUUCCCAUCUAUCUAUCUAUCUAUCUCUCUAUAUAUCUCUCUCUCUAUCUAUCUAUCUAUCUAUCUCUAUCUCUCUCUAUCUCUAUCUCUCUCCAUCUAUCUCUCUCUAUCUAUCUAUUUCUCUCUAUAUCUAUCUAUCUCUCUAUCUCUCUCUCUAUCUAUCUCAUCCUAUCUAUUUUCUCUCCAUCUAUCUAUCUAUCAUCUAUCUAUCUAUCUCUCUAUCUCUCUAUCUCUCUCUAUCUAUCUCUCUCUCUCUCUCUAUCUCUCUCUAUAUCUCUAUCUCUCUCUAUCUCUCUCUAUCUAUCUCUCUCUAUCUAUUUCUCUCUCUCUCUAUCUCUCUCUCUCUCUAUCUAUCUAUCUAUCUAUCUAUCUAUCUAUCUAUGUCUCCAUUUCUAUCUUUUCUUCUCUCGUUCUAAUAUAUGACGAUAAAUUAUCCCAAUUCCACUCUCUUACUUCCUCUCUACCUCCCUCCUUCUCUCUCUCUCUCACCAUCUCUCUCUCUCUCUCUCUCUCUCUCUCUCUCUUUAGUAGCACUUCUGUCUGCUUGGUCUUCUUCAUAAUCUCUAUCUUCUGGUCUUUUCCAGACGUCAUUUGGAACUGUCUUCAUUGUACCGAUAACAAUAGACCAGACAACAAAGAAAGGAACUUUUAUUUCUCAGGAACCACUGAUACCGAAAACAUGGUUCUAAGUGUUGUUAAUAAGAGACAAAUUGGCAGCAUAUUUUAUCUUCACUUGGACCUCUUUCUUUUUUGGCAGUCUGGUGAGUAA